AUGGCGGAGGUGGCGAAGAAGGCGCCGCGGCGGGAGGAGGAGCUGGUGGAGGCGGCGCUGGCGGCGGCGGCCGCGGCGCUGCUCGUGUCGGGGGUCAAGAAGCUCGCGCCGGCCGUGCUCGUGGCGCCCUGCUGGUCGUGGCUGUGGUGGCCGCUCCCCGCCGCCGCGCCGUCGCCCGUCCUCUUCCUGCUCCUCAACGUCGUCAUCGCCUCCAUCGUCGUCGCCUCCGUGCAGGUGCAGCCAGCCAGGCGCGCGGCCGCGGCCACGAAGGGCGCGGGCGUCGUCAUCGCGGAUGCCGCGGCGACGCCGGCAGCCGGCGAGGAGGGCGCGAGGAAGCUCAAGAAAAGGAGAAGCAAGAGGCGCGGCGAGGAGUCCGCGGCGCCGGCGCCCGUCGUCGCGGCGGACGGCUGCUGCAUGGCGCUCGUGGCGAUGAGCGACACGGCGGCCACGGACGAACAGGAAGCGGCAUCCGUCGGCGACGCGGGGGAGGAGGUGGACAGGCGCGCCGAGGAGUUCAUCUCCGCGUUCCGGCACCGCCUCCGGGUCGACUCCUUCUCGUCCCGUCGCCGGGACUCCGAUGCCGCCGAGGCAGGGGCGGCCAUCGCGCCGCGCUGUUGA